CAUAUUUUUAUUCAUUCCAGGAGGUUUCAUAAACGCAGAUCUGGGACACAUUUAAAACCAAUUAAACUUCCUGGUGAACCUCAUUCGGUACAAGAGCGGCUUAGAAGAAGCUGUCUGAGAAGAAGGACUCUUACAUUCUGGUUUUGUCUCUGACUUCAUUAUCAUGAGACUGUCUCUGGUUUCACAACAUCUGCUGGUGUUCAUAUCAGUCCUGUCACUCACGAGGGCACAAACAACAACUGAACAAACAACAAUUCCAUUAAUAACACCUGCAACAACAACAUCUGCACCUGCAACAUCUCCAACAACAACAACAACAUCUGCACCAACAACAGCACAUGCACUGACAACAACACCUGCAACAACAAGAACAUCUGGACCAACAACAGCAUCAGCAACAACAACAUCUGCACCGACGACAACACCUACAACGACACUGGCAGAUCCCUGCUACAAAUAUACUGUGCUGGAUGAUCCUCGGAGAUCCAUAGACUAUCGAUAUCCCAACCAAUUAAUGUGUGACACUGAUGUCACCUGGGUCGGCUGGUACCGUCUUUUCAUUCAGGGCCAGAGCGCUCAGAUGCCAGACACAUGUGUUGAUUCAAAUAGUUGUGGCACUCAUGCCCCCCUGUGGCUUAACGGAGCACAUCCAAAAGUUAAGGAUGAUGUGGUCACUCGAAAUGUCUGCGGUCACUGGUUGAAUAACUGCUGCCAUUUCCAGUCCAGUCCCAUUAAAGUGAAAGCCUGCCCAGGAGGUUAUUAUGUCUAUGAGUUUGUAAAGCCAUUUUACUGCUAUUUGGCAUACUGUGCAGCACCAGCAAUAUUCUACCCAUUCGUCUCAGCAGGAGACACAAACAACACUGCUGCUGAUGAUGGAAGCUCCUCACUUAUUCAGCUGUCCAGUCCUUUUCUGUUCUUUGGUCGCACAUACCAGCAGAUUUAUGUGAAUAAUAAUGGAUACCUUACAUUCAAUCAGGCUUCAACAGCAUAUACCCCCUACUCAUUUCCCGCUAAAAGAAGCCAAGAUAUAAUUGCUGGUCUCUGGACAAACCUUGACAACCGUGUGAAAGGUGUUGUUUCAUAUAAUCAGUACACCAGUGGAAAUGUUCUCACACGCGCCACUCAGCAUAUAAACACACAUUACCCAAAUCUAAACUUCAACGCUUCUUGGGUCUUUGUUGCAACAUGGAAUAAAGUCGCUUACUUCAGUUUAACCAGUACAGAAACAUCGUUUCAAGUGGUUUUAAUUUCAGGCAGUAACUAUUCAUUUAUUCUUAUGAAUUUUGGUGACAUUGCUGUAACUGGACAUCCAGUGGAGGCUGGUUAUGACACAAUAAACUCCAUGGACUACUUUGUGAUUCCUGGAUCAAUCAAUGGGAGCUCCAUCUCAAACCUCAGGAACACCAGUAAUGUCAAUGUUCCCGGUCGAUGGGCCUUCAGGGUGGACGGUGGAUCAAAGUCAAACAAAGGCAACCUUACAACUCAUAUGUUACUAUCAAACAUUGUUGGACUUCAAGUGAAAUUUUCCUCAUUUUCUGACCUAACAGAUACUAGAAACAUUCAGGUCGUUUUACAGCAAAUAAAACAGGAGCUGGUCAAGUACGGUCUACCAAACAGUAUCGAGCUGACGUUAAGAAAAGUGCAAAAGAUAAAGCCGUAAUAUCAGUUUCCUUUAGGAAAAGUUCAUUAACUUUUUCCACAUAAACAAAUU